AUUUAAACGGUCGGGAAUACGUUCAUUUCACUGCAAGCCGCGUGUGUGACAGCAUCCGAGUGCAUAAAGUCCGUACUUAAGGCGUGAGAUCUGCGAACAUCUUGAUAUUUACACAUCACGUAGCAUAAAUAGGGAGGAUCAAUGGAUAAAAAUACGUUCGUGUUUUCGACUACGGAUGACGAAGAGGGGAAAAAAUUAGACGAGAUGUUCGGGAUAAAGCCCACUUUUUUGCGGGUGCAACCCAGCGGUGCCUUAUUACCGUCGAAAAUCGUCCAUUACGCACAGAAGAUACGCGACUUCCAGGUGUACGAGGACGAUAUUUGGCUGAUUUCGUACCCUCGAACUGGAAGUCACUGGGCGCAGGAAAUGGUAUGGUGCAUCGAACAUGAUUUUGACUACGAGACCACCCGUGAACUUAUCAUUCUGCGAACUCCUCUGCUCGAAAGUUCGAUUCUCAUAUUCAAUGAAAAGUAUGACGAACUGCUCAAAAAGCUUGGCGAUUCCGUUGAAGCUAUAGCGAAGAUGCCAAGACCGCGAUACAUAAAAUCUCACCUGCCGUGGGACUUGUUGCCGAAGCAGCUUCGCGAGAAGAAACCGAAGACGAUUUAUAUUACGAGAAAUCCGAAAGAUACCUGCGUAAGUUUCUAUCACUACUGCACAGCAUUCCAUAACAUGAAAGGAAGCUUCGACGAUUUCGCGGAAUUGAUGCUGCAAGAUAGUGGCCCAAUGUGUCCAUUUUGGAAUCAUAUUAUGCCCUUCUGGAAGAUGAGAGAUCAGGCUAACAUCUUGUUUCUGACGUACGAAGAAAUGAAACGGGAUCAGACAGCGGCAGUCAAAAAAGCGGCUAAGUUCUUAGGCAAAGAUGUGACGAACGAGCAGAUUAUCGGGUUGUGCGAACACCUGAAGUUCUCCAAGAUGUCAACAAAUCCGUCAACGAACCUGGAAAAUAUGGAAUUGUUAGACGAAGUGCAUAAAAAAGAUCCGAAUUUCAAGUUCAUCAGGAACGGGAAAGUCGGUGAUUGGACAAAUUACAUGUCGGAGGAUCUCUCUCGACGAUUCGAUAAAUGGACGGAAGAGCAUUUACGUGGAGAAGCAUUUACUGGCCUGAAAUUUAAUACGGACGUUAAAUGCGAUGAAGAAUAAGAAAGAAGCUUUACGUAUCUCCUUUUCUAUCUCUCGUGUUAAACAGCCGUGAGAGCCGUUUUUAUUUAACAUUUAUAUUAUAUCGCGUAAUCAUUGUGAAUGUUGAACGUUGCACGAAAUCACAUUAUCAAUACAUUGUGAAUUCCUAUUAACAUUUGUAUUAAUCGUAAAAUGAUGAUUUAUAAUUCUCGUUGGAUUUCUGAAUAGAGAUUUCUAUUUGUAAUUUUAUACGUCGCAUAUAUCUUGAUACAUAUUUUAUAUAUGUUAGUAUUUUAAUAAUUUUUUUUUUUACAUUGCACGAUACUCUAAUCUCAUUUCCUUUGAUGAUGUGUAAUUGAUAUUAUAUUUUCUUUUUAAACAUUAAUAGUAUCUAAUAAAUGUAACUUUAAUUUCACUUUAGUUUACUCUUUAUCUCUUCCUCAUUUUUAGGAAAA